AGAUAGUUUUAUUAGCUUCUCUAAUUUUGCGCGUCUUAGUGGAACAUUUGUGAAAAAACAUAAAUUUCCCGCUCUAAUUGUCAAUUUGUUAAUAGUUUAUUGUAAAAAACCACGAAAAUGGCCGACGAUGACGACGAUAUUAACCAAAGAGUGCCACUACCGCCUGUGCACAAACCGGACGACGAUAUUGCCUUCCUGCAGUUCAUUGAGAUGGAGAACUUCAAGUCCUACCGUGGUCACAUAGUCGUUGGUCCGCUCAAGCAAUUUAACGCUGUUAUUGGGCCCAAUGGAUCCGGCAAGUCCAACUUCAUGGACGCCAUCAGCUUUGUGAUGGGUGAAAAGACGAGCAGUUUGCGAGUGAAGCGGCUAAAUGAUCUGAUCCACGGUUCGUCUAUUGGAAAACCAGUGUCCCGAAGUUGCUAUGUGACUGCCAAGUUCAUACUGAAUCAAGAGAAGCACAUGGACUUCCAAAGAGCAGUUAUCAGUGGCUCCUCGGAGUAUCGGAUAAACGGAGAAAGCGUUUCGAGUAGCACCUACUUAAACAAGCUGGAGAAGAUUGGCAUCAACGUAAAGGCAAAAAACUUUCUCGUGUUCCAGGGAGCUGUCGAAAACAUAGCCAUGAAAACGCCGAAGGAAAGAACAGCUUUGUUUGAGGAAAUAAGCGGGUCUGGUCUACUCAAAGAUGCCUAUAAUCGCUUGAAACAGGAUAUGAUUGUGGCGGAGGAGGAGACUCAGUUCACCUACCAAAAAAAGAAGGGAAUAGCAGCUGAACGAAAGGAGGCCAAACAUGAGAAAAUGGAAGCCGAGCGCUAUACUCGCCUGCAAAACGAAUACAAUGAAAAACAAGUGGAAUACCAGUUGUUUCGCCUCUUUCACGUGGAGAGAGACAUCCAAAAGUACAUUACUGAUUUGGAAGUCAAACAGCAGGAUGUGAAGGCUGUCGAGCAGCGCAAGGAAGCUGCCGAUGAAGUCCUACGAGAGAAGAAAAAGGACGCCGGAAAGAUAACUCGUGACUUGGCUAAGAUCGAGCAGGAGAUUCGCGAGUUCGAAACCCAGAUGAAUAAACGGAGACCCCUUUAUAUUAAAGCGAAGGAGAAGGUUACGCAUUGCAAAAAGAAGCUGGCUUCGUUGCAAAAAACCCUCGAAACAGCCCGGGAGGCGGACAACGCCCACCAGCAGGACAUCAGAAAGCUGGAGAAGCAGUUGGCCGAUGUGGAAGCGCUAAAGAAACGAUUUGAGGACGAGAUCGAGAAUGAAUCGCAUCGCCGUGGCAAGAGUGUCAAUAUGGAGGAGGGUCUGGUACAGGAAUACGACAGAUUGAAGCAGGAGGCGGAAGCCACUGCCACCCAGUACCGGUCUGAGCUGGAUUCGGUGAACCGUGAACAAAAAUCCGAGCAGGACACACUUGAUGGAGAGACCAAUCGGCGAGCUUCCGUCGAGGAGUCGUUUAAGAAGCUUACUCUGCAGCGUGAAGAGGCUGUUAAGCGUCGGGACAAGCUAAUGGAUCACAUAAAAUCCUCCCAGGCAGCACUCGAAGAGCAAAAUCGCAUCAAAGAUGAACUGCGGCGUGACGUGGGCAGCUCCAAAGAAAAGAUCGCUGAAAAGCAGCGAGAAUUGGAAAACGUCCGCGAUCAGUUGGGUGACGCCAAGAGUGAUAAGCAUGAGGAUGCACGUCGCAAAAAAAAGCAGGAAGUCGUAGAGCUGUUCAAGAAACAGGUCCCUGGAGUGUACGACCGUAUGAUCAAUAUGUGUCAGCCUACUCACAAGAGGUACAAUGUGGCAGUUACCAAAGUGCUGGGCAAGUUUAUGGAGGCCAUUAUCGUGGAUACCGAGAAGACUGCGCGCCACUGCAUUCAGAUCCUAAAGGAACAAAUGUUGGAAGUGGAAACCUUUCUUCCACUGGACUAUCUGCAGGUGAAGCCCCUAAAAGAGCGAUUGCGCAACAUUAGCGAUCCACGAAACGUGCGAUUGGUCUUCGAUGUUCUUAAAUUCGAGCCCCCGGAGAUCGAGCGGGCCGUGCUCUUUGCCACGGGUAAUGCUCUUGUUUGCGAAACCCCAGAAGAUGCCAUGAAGGUAGCCUACGAAAUCGAUCGCUCGCGGUUUGAUGCUUUGGCCCUGGACGGAACUUUUUACCAGAAGUCUGGCCUCAUCUCCGGCGGCAGUCACGACUUGGCCCGAAAGGCCAAACGUUGGGACGAAAAGCACAUGGCGCAGCUAAAGAUGCAAAAAGAGCGUCUCAACGAGGAGCUAAAGGAGCUGGUCAAAAAGUCACGCAAGCAGAGCGAACUGGCCACGGUGGAGUCGCAGAUUAAGGGCCUGGAAAACCGUCUUAAGUACAGCAUGGUCGAUUUGGAGUCCUCUAAGAAGUCAAUUAGUCAAUACGACAAUCAAUUGAGCCAAGUUCAAAUGCAGCUGGAUGAUUUUGGGCCCAAGAUCAACGAAAUUGAGCGACGAAUGCAGAACCGCGAGGAGCAUAUACAGGAAAUCAAGGAGAACAUGAACAAUGUGGAGGAUAAAGUGUUCGCUGCUUUCUGCCGUCGAUUGGGUGUCAAGAACAUCCGCCAGUACGAGGAGCGGGAGUUGGUUAUGCAACAAGAACGGGCACGCAAGCGAGCAGAGUUUGAGCAGCAGAUAGAUUCCAUUAACUCGCAGCUGGACUUCGAGAAACAAAAGGACACGCGAAAGAACGUUGAGCGUUGGGAACGAAGCGUGCAGGACGAAGAGGACGCUUUAGAGGGCCUGAAGACUGCUGAGGCGCGUUACCUUAAGGAAAUAGACGAGGAUAAGGAGAAGAUGGAGAAGUUCAAGCAGGAGAAACAGGCGAAGAAACAAGCUGUUGACGACAUGGAGGAGGACAUCUCAAAGGCACGCCGGGAUGUGGCUAACCUGGCCAAGGAGAUGCACAAUGUGGGCAGCCACGUGUCAUCAGUAGAAUCCAAGAUUGAGGCAAAGAAAAACGAGCGUCAGAACAUACUGCUGCAGGCCAAGACCGAUUGCAUAGUGGUACCUUUGUUACGUGGCUCGCUGGACGACGCUGUGCGACAAACGGAAGAUCCCUCCACAUCGACGGCUCUGGAAAAUCUCAUUGAGGUUGACUACCGAUCACUUCCACGAGAAUAUACCAAGCUAAAGGAUGACUCCUCCUUUAAAAAGACCCACGAGCAGAUUCAAAAAGACCUGCAAAGCAAAUUGGAUGUCUUGGAGCGCAUACAGACACCUAAUAUGAAGGCCAUGCAGAAAUUGGAUGCCGUGACGGAGAAGGUGCAGUCCACCAACGAGGAAUUCGAAAAUGCACGGAAAAAGGCAAAGAAGGCAAAAGCUGCUUUCGAGAGGGUCAAGAACGAACGUUCCUCUCGUUUUGUUGCCUGCUGUCAGCACAUCUCCGAUGCCAUUGAUGGUAUUUACAAAAGAUUGGCUCGCAACGAAGCGGCUCAGGCCUACAUCGGCCCCGACAAUCCAGAGGAACCCUAUCUGGACGGCAUUAACUACAAUUGUGUGGCUCCCGGCAAAAGAUUCCAGCCUAUGAGCAACUUGAGUGGUGGUGAAAAAACGAUAGCUGCCUUGGCCCUGUUGUUUUCCACCCAUAGCUAUCAACCUGCACCGUUCUUUGUGCUGGACGAGAUUGAUGCCGCUUUGGACAACACAAACAUCGGCAAGGUCGCGUCGUAUAUUCGUGAUCAUACCACUAACCUGCAGACCAUUGUCAUAUCCCUGAAGGAGGAAUUCUAUGGCCACGCGGAUGCACUCGUGGGCAUUACUCCCGGGGAAGGCGAUUGUCUCGUAUCAAAUGUUUAUAUAAUCGAUCUAACUAUGUUCGAGGACAAGUAGAGAACAUAUUUUUAAAUAAAAUUAAGGAUUUAGAUUUAAGAUUCAAUUUAUGUCAAUAUUUCAAAUUCCAGCCAAACAAUUAUUUACCUCCUCAUUUUGUAAAAUAAUAUCUCUUCGUUGGAUUCUCAUUACCAUACUUUCCACGUCUUGAAUUCUUCCCAACAAAUAAAAGUCGGUUUUAUUGAAAAUA